AGCUUUUUCUUCCCACCUCAGUUCAGCCUCUAACGCUUUGGGGAGACGAGCUGAGGACCGAGAGCCAAGACCAGAUCCCCAGCUACAGGUUAUUGAGAAAGAAAAGUUCAGAGCCUGAGGUCUGUGAGCGGAUCUAUAAUCCAGUGACGGGACCCUGCAGAAGAUCAGUGAUUUCAACCCCCCUCACCGCCGUCAAUCAACUCUACUCUUGCCCAGGAUUACUUUUAUUUAAACAAAAAAGAAAGGAUAUUUCAUUUGCCUGCAACUUUUUUUUCCCUUCAACUCCCUUCUCCCCAACCGGGGACCUCCUGUGGAUUUAUGGUCUGGUUGAAGAGUUAACUGGUGGGAUAACACAAGAACUGAAGGAAAAGGAAUCUCUCUUGAAUCUCGACUGGAGGAAUGUUGGUGCUGACCCUGUGGCUAAUAUCACUGCCCGCCCUAGUGCCAGGUUUGAGUUGCUUCAUCCAGUCAGAAUACUGCGCUAAUGGCGGAAGAUGUAGCCGGAAUCCUAAUGGUACUGAGGUUUGUCUGUGCAGUCCAGGGUAUCUCGGGGAACGCUGUCAGUUUCACAAUCCCUGCCGCAGUUCACCCUGCAAGAACGAGGGGACCUGCAAUCCCAUUAUUCAUGGCCAGACCAUUGACUACAGCUGCACGUGCAGGCUGGGCUUCACGGACCGCCUCUGCCUCACGCCCAUCGACAAUGCCUGCCUUAGCAGCCCCUGCCGCAAUGGGGGGAGCUGCCAGCUGACAAACAGCCUGCGGGAGUACAAGUGCCGGUGUCCACCAGGUUGGGCAGGUAAGCAGUGCCAACAGGCUGACCCAUGUGCCUCCAACCCCUGCGCCAACGGAGGGCAGUGUGUGGCAUUUGAAGGCCAUUAUAUCUGCAGAUGUACGUCAGGAUUCCACGGCCCCAUCUGCAAGCAGGAUGUCAACGAAUGUGGAAUCAGCCCUUCGCCUUGCCGGAACGGUGGCACCUGUCUCAAUGAGAUUGGCUCGUACCAGUGCACCUGCCCUCCUGAGUACACAGGUCGCCGCUGCGAGAAUCUCUACGUGCCCUGCUCCCCCUCGCCCUGCCAGAACGGAGGGACCUGCCGUCCACUUGGUGAUGCCCUCUAUGACUGCACCUGCCUUCCAGGUUUCUCCGGGCAGCACUGCGAAGUGAAUGUGGACGAUUGCCCCGAGCACCAGUGCGACAACGGAGGGCUGUGUGUAGAUGGGGUGAAUACCUACAACUGCCAGUGCCCCCCGGAGUGGACAGGCCAGUUCUGUACUGAGGAUGUGGAUGAGUGUCAGCUUCAGCCCAACGCCUGCCAGAACGGAGGCACCUGCCACAACAGCAAUGGAGGCUACAACUGUGUUUGUGUCAACGGCUGGACUGGAGAUGACUGCAGCGAGAACAUUGACGACUGUGCCAUCGCUGCCUGCUACACUGGGGCUACGUGUCACGAUCGUGUCGCCUCCUUCUACUGCGAGUGUCCCCACGGCAGGACAGGCCUGUUGUGUCAUCUGGACGAUGCCUGCAUCAGUAACCCCUGCCACGAGGAAGCCAACUGCAGCACCAACCCUGUCAAUGGGAAGGCCAUCUGCAUGUGCCCAGCAGGAUUCUCGGGGACCGCCUGCAAGCAGGAUGAUGACGAGUGCUCUCUAGGUUCUAACCCUUGCGAGCAUUCAGGGAAGUGCAUUAACACGCUGGGCUCCUUCAUGUGCCAGUGCCUGCCUGGGUAUCAUGGCCCUCGAUGUGAGCUGGACUUCAACGAGUGCAUGUCCAGUCCAUGCCAGAAUGAUGCAACUUGCCUUGACCUGAUUGGAAGAUUCCAGUGCAUUUGCAUGGCCGGUUACACGGGACUUUACUGUCAGAUUGAUACCGAUGAGUGUGCCAGUAAUCCAUGCUUAAACAAGGGCAAGUGUAUCGACAAAAUCAACGAGUUUGAGUGCGAAUGCCCUUCAGGAUUCAAUGGUAACUUGUGUCAGAUCGAUGUGGACGAGUGUGCCAGCACACCCUGCAAGAAUGCAGCCAGGUGUGUCGAUGGACCUAAUAAAUAUCACUGUGAAUGUUUGGAAGGUUUUACAGGCACACUUUGUGAGACUGACAUCAAUGAGUGUGAGCAGGAUCCCUGUCACUAUGGUACAUGCAAGGACGCCAUCGCAACCUUUAAUUGUGUGUGUUUCGCCGGCUACACAGGCCGAGUCUGUGACAUAAACAUCAACGAGUGCCAGAGCCAGCCCUGUCAGCAUGGUGGGACGUGUCAGGACAAGGUGGAUGGGUACACGUGCUCCUGCCUCAAGGGCACCUCAGGUGUAAACUGUGAAACGAACUUGGAUGAUUGUGCCAGUAACCCCUGCGAGUAUGGGAACUGCAUUGAUCAGAUCAACAGCUAUGACUGUGUCUGUGAGAUGGGCUACACUGGUCCCAUGUGUAACAUUAACAUCGAUGAGUGUGCAUCGAACCCUUGUCACAAUGGAGGAACGUGCAAGGAUGAUAUCAAUGGCUUUACGUGCAUCUGCCCAGAAGGUUAUCACGACUUAGUGUGUUUCUCUGAGGUCAAUGAGUGUAACAGCAACCCAUGCAUCCACGGGGAGUGCAGGGAUGACCUCAACGGGUACAGCUGUGAGUGCAUCCCCGGCUGGGCAGGCAUGAACUGUGACCUGAACGUCAACGAGUGCGAGUCUCUCCCCUGCGUCAACGGUGGCACGUGUCGGGACAUGAAUAAUGGCUACCUGUGUGACUGUCGGCCUGGCUUCAGGGGACCGAAUUGUCAGACAAACAUCAACGAGUGUGCAUCCAACCCAUGCCUGAAUCAGGGAAGCUGCAUUGAUGAUGUGGCUGGAUACAAGUGCAACUGCAUCUUGCCGUACACAGGAGUGAACUGUGAGGAUGUCCUGGCUCCAUGUGCCAGUGAGCCAUGUAAAAAUGGUGGCGUCUGCCAUGAGUCUGAAGAUUAUGAAAACUUCUCGUGUGGCUGUCCAGAGGGAUGGCAAGGCCAGACCUGUGAAAAGGAUGUGAAUGAAUGUGUGAAGAGCCCCUGUCAGAAUGGAGCCACUUGUCAGAACUCGAUGGGUGGAUUCAAGUGCAUUUGUCGCCAGGGCUACACUGGGAUCACCUGUGAAACUGAUGUAGACGACUGUCAGCCCAAUCCGUGCCACAAUGGAGGUUCCUGCUCCGAUGGUGUGAACAAUUUCCUGUGCAUCUGCCUCCCAGGAUUUGGAGGCCCCAAGUGUGAAGAGGACAUCAAUGAGUGCGCCAGUGACCCAUGUAAAAACAACGGCAACUGCACGGACUGCGUCAACAGCUACACCUGUACCUGCCCACUGGGCUUCAGCGGCAUGCACUGUGAGAAUAAUGCCCCUGACUGCACAGAGAGCUCCUGUUUUAACGGUGGGACUUGUGUCGAUGGAAUCAACACCUUCACGUGCCUCUGCCCGACUGGGUUCACAGGGAACUACUGCCAGCAUGACAUCAAUGAGUGCGACUCCAAGCCCUGUCUCCAUGGGGGCACCUGUCAGGAUAGCUACGGCACCUACAAGUGUACCUGCCCCCAGGGCUACACUGGACUCAACUGCCAGGACCUGGUGCGCUGGUGUGACUCAUCACCCUGCAAGAAUGGCGGCAAAUGCUGGCAGACUGGCACCACCUACCGGUGUGACUGCCAGAGCAGCUGGACAGGACUCUACUGCGAUGUGCCCAGUGUGUCCUGCGAAGUGGCUGCCAGGCAGCAAGGGGUGGAAUCGGGCCAUCUCUGUCGCAACAGCGGCCUCUGCAUCGAUGCCGGCAACACCCACCGCUGCCAAUGCCAGGCCGGUUACACGGGCAGCUACUGUGAGGAGCAGGUGGAUGAGUGUGCUCCCAACCCGUGCCAAAACGGAGCCACGUGCACUGACUACCUGGGUGGCUAUUCCUGCGAGUGUGUUGCUGGCUAUCACGGAAUCAACUGCUCGGAGGAGAUCAAUGAAUGCCUUUCACAUCCCUGCCAGAACGGUGGCACUUGCAUCGACCUCACCAACACUUUCAAGUGUUCCUGCCCUCGGGGUACACAAGGUGUGCACUGCGAGAUAAACCUGGACGACUGCAACCCCCCUGUGGACUCCCUCACCCAGGAGCCUCGGUGCUUUAACAAGGGCCGCUGCGUCGACCGUGUCGGGAGCUACAGCUGCAUCUGUCCAGCGGGCUUCGUGGGUGAGCACUGCGAGGGCGACGUCAACGAGUGCCUGUCCAACCCGUGCGACGCGCGUGGCACGCAGAACUGUGUGCAGCUGGUCAACGCCUUCCGCUGCGAGUGCAGACCCGGUUACACAGGCCUCCGGUGCGAGCGAGUGUUUGACGGCUGCAAAAGUCGGCCGUGCCGCAAUGGAGGGACCUGCGCCGUCGCUGGCAACAUCGCUCGCGGUUUCAUCUGCCGCUGCCCCCCGGGUUACGAGGGGGCCUCAUGCGAGAACCAGGCGAGCGUCUGCAGGAAUCAGCGGUGCCGGAACGGUGGGACAUGUGUGCUGAGCCCAGGGGGCUCCCCGCACUGCGCCUGUCCACCGGGGCGAGGGGGUCCCGACUGCCGACAGCCGGCCGACAGCCCCUGCGAGUCCAACCCGUGCUAUAAUGGUGGGACGUGCGAGCGGGCGCCCACUGAGCCCUUCUACCGCUGCCGUUGCCCCCCGCUCUUCAACGGGCUGCAGUGCUUCAUCCUGGACUACGAGUUCAGCGGCGGGCGCGGCCAGGACAUCACCCUGCCCCCCGUCGUGCGCAUGGGCUGCGAGAACCCUCAGUGCGCCAGCCUGGCCGCCAACCGCGUGUGCGAGGCUCGCUGCAACACCCACGCCUGCGACUGGGAUGGCGGCGACUGCUCGCUCAACUUCAACGACCCCUGGAAGAACUGCUCGCAGGCCCUGCAGUGCUGGCGCUACUUUGGAGACGGGAAAUGCGACGAGCACUGCAACAACGCAGGCUGCCUGUAUGACGGGUUCGACUGUCAGAGCGUGGAGUCGCAGUGCAACCCACUCUAUGACCAGUACUGUAAGGAUCACUAUGGCGACGGACACUGUGACCAGGGGUGCAAUAACAUCGAGUGUGAGUGGGACGGCCUGGACUGCGCCAAUGACAAGCCAGAGAAGCUGGCGGACGGGACCCUGGUGCUCAUCGUCUUGGUGCCCCCAGAGCAGCUGCGGAACGACUCCGUGAGCUUCCUCCGUGAGCUCAGCCGCGUCCUGCACACCAACGUCAAGUUCAAGAAGCACCCAGAGGGCAAUGAUAUGGUCUACCCCUACUUUGGGAACGAGGAAGAACUACACAAGCACCACGUGAAGAGAUCGGUGGAGGACAUCCGCAGCCAGGUCACUGGCGCCUUCAGGACCGUCAAGCGGUCCCUGUACACAAUGGUGAACCCCAGGAUCCGCAGGGAGCUGGAGGAGAAAGAGGUCAAAGGAUCAAUCGUUUUCUUGGAGAUUGACAACCGGCAAUGUUAUCAGACUUUCUCAGACUGCUUCACCAGUGCAACAGACGUGGCAGCAUUCCUGGGCGCCAUGGCCUCCCAGGGCAGCCUACAGCUCCCAUACAACAUAGAGGUCGUACAAAGUAAAGAUAAUGUGAGGACCCAUGACGUUAACCUCUACCCCAUGUACGUGGUCGUGUCUGUGCUCAUCUUCCUCGCCUUCAUUGGGAUGGGGGUGCUGGUAUCUCGCAAGAGACAUCGGGAGCAUGGGCAGCUCUGGUUCCCUGAAGGGUUCAAGGUCACCGAGUCUAGCAAGAAGAAACGGCGUGAACCAGUGGGCGAGGACUCUGUCGGGUUGAAGCCACUGAAGAAUGUUUCUGAUGGGGCUCUCAUGGAUGACAACCAGAACGAGCACUGGGGCGAUGACAGUGGAAUAGACACCAAGAGAUUUAAGUUUGAAGAACAGGCGAUCCUGGCAAACCGUGAGGACCACACCGACCACAGACAGUGGACCCAGCAGCACCUGGACGCUGCAGAUCUCCGACUCCCAACCAUGGCACCAACCCCUCCCCAGGGUGAAAUCGAGCCUGACUGUAUGGAUGUCAAUGUCAGGGGCCCAGAUGGCUUCACUCCCCUAAUGAUUGCCUCGUGCAGUGGGGGUGGCCUGGAAACAGGGAACAGCGAGGAGGAAGUGGACGACGCCCCGGGUAACCUCAUCUCCGAUUUCAUCUACCAGGGUGCAAACCUCCACAACCAGACGGACCGGACGGGCGAGACUGCCCUUCAUUUGGCUGCCCGCUACGCCCGGUCUGACGCUGCGAAGCGUCUCCUGGAAUCCAGCGCCGAUGCCAACAUUCAGGAUAACAUGGGCAGGACGCCGUUACAUGCUGCUGUGGCUGCGGAUGCCCAGGGAGUUUUCCAGAUCCUGAUCCGGAAUCGAGCGACGGACCUGGACGCACGAAUGCACGAUGGGACCACGCCUCUGAUCCUGGCAGCCCGCCUAGCCGUGGAGGGAAUGGUGGAGGAACUGGUCAAUUGCCAUGCCGACGUCAAUGCAGUGGAUGAUUUCGGGAAGUCAGCCCUACACUGGGCAGCUGCUGUCAACAAUGUGGAGGCCACAAUGGUCCUGCUGAAGAAUGGAGCCAACAAGGACAUGCAGGAUAACAAGGAGGAAACGCCACUUUUCCUGGCAGCUCGGGAAGGGAGCUACGAGACGGGCAAGCUCCUGCUUGAGCACUUUGCGAACCGUGAGAUCACUGACCACAUGGACCGGCUGCCCCGGGACAUUGCUCAGGACCGCAUGCACCACGACAUUGUGAGGCUGCUGGAUGAAUACAACCUGGUGAGGAGCCCCCAAGUGCAAAUAGGCAGCAACGCCACCAGCCUCUCCCCACCCAUCUGCUCGCCCAACGGUUACAUGGGCAAUGCCAAGCCAUCUGGUCACAGCAAGAAAUCUCGGAAGAGCAGCGCCAAGGGGGCCAAUGGCAAAGAGUCCAAAGAAGCCAAGGUAAAGAGGAAGAAGUCCCAGGAUGGGAAGGGCAGCCUGUUGGACAGUUCCUCGGUCCUGUCUCCUGUCGAUUCCAUGGAGUCCUCCCAUGCCUACCUGUCAGACGUGGCCUCCCCUCCUCUGUUGACGCCACCCUUCCAACAGUCGCCUUCCAUCCAGCUCAACCAUUUGCAAGGGUUGGCAGUGGACGGGCACCUCAACCUGGGCCACCUGGGCAUGGGUGGGAAUCAGGAGGCACUGGGAGGGACCAACAGGAUGGUCUUUGAAUCGGUGGCUCCUCGCCUCUCACAUCUGCCCAACUCCAAUGGGCAGACCAUCGGCAACACUUCGAUGACCAUGAACCUAGGAGGAGCUGGCGCCAUGAAUGGCCAGUGCGACUGGCUGACACAGAUGCAGACGGGAAUGGUCCAGAACCCUUACAACCCCAUGAGGAACCCCGUCCAGGCCCAUGCCAGGGGGCUGCAGCAGAGUCAGCAUGGAAUUAUCACCUCUCUGCACAAUGGGCUGCCCAACACCUCCUUGUCACAGAUUGUAAGUUACCAAGGCCUGACCAACACUACUGCCCUGUCGCAGUCUCAUCUGAUGCAGCAACCACCUCAGGGCGUCUCAGCACUCAACGCCAUGCCCAAUGGCAGCACUCACUCCAUGGGCCAAAGCUACUGUGGGGCUGAUCCAAGGCAGGCCGACUUGCCCCAGUUGGGAAGCAACAGCCUCCCAGUCCACGCGAUUUCAGCUCAGGAGACCCAGCUGCUCCAGACCUCGCUGCCAACCUCCAUGAGCCAGUCAAUGGCCACUACCCAGUUCUUGACUCCCCCCUCCCAGCAUGGCUACUCCUCCCCCAUGGACAACACACCCAACCACCAGCUGCAUCUGGCAGACCACCCUUUCCUGACCCCCUCGCCCGAGUCCCCCGACCAGUGGUCCAGCUCCUCACCCCAUUCCAACAUGUCUGACUGGUCGGAGGGCAUCUCCAGUCCCCCAACAAGCAUGCACUCCCAGAAGGGACUUCUCUCUGAUCAAGUCUUCAAGUGAAAACUUACCACCACCUCCCCCACAAACCCACGCUCACCUUCCCCUCCCCCCUCCCCCCCGGGGUUCAGGCAGGUCAGCCACACAGAGGGGGAAGCGGCCGAGGUGUGAUGCAACAGCGGGGAUUCAUCCGUUGGACUUUUAAUGAACUGUCAGUGGAGGGCGUAUUCAGCAUCUGGUUUUAAGCAGAUGAGCAAGGGAUGGAGUUUUGUUCUGUGUUUUCCUUUAAUUUAUUUAUGUACUUUACAUUUUUACUGUGUUUUUUUAUUUUAUUUAAUACAUUGAUUGUUCUUUUAUGUUUGAGAAAUUGGCCAUUUAUUUUAUGGAUGCUAAUUCUCCAUCUCAGACCCUGACUGAUGGUUAGAGACUGUGUUGCUUUUAUAGAAACCUGACACUUUUUAAAACAGAAAGAAUAGAUAGCUGGUUUUUGUGUCGAUGGAUUUUUAGCCAAUUGAUCUGUUGCUAAUGAUAAAUGUAUAAAAAUAGUCUGACUUAUAUUUAUAUAUGAGUUCUGAAUCUUUGAAGAAAAUAGUAAAAAUAAACCUGCGUACACUCUGUGUAUGUACAUUGUCCCCCCCACAGACACCAAUGGACGUACUCACAUUGACCAAUGCUGGUGCCUUGGGCAUGUACACAGCAGUUCACUCAUGCUGGCAAAUUCAACUUAGUUCCCUCAGUGGCACACAAUGUCUUUUUCACAGCCUCUCACACACACUCACAUUCACAGCCUCUCACACACACACUCACAUUCACAGCAUCUCACACACACACUCACAUUCACAGCCUCUCACACGCACUCUCACAUUCACAGCCUCUCUCACACGCGCACACACACACUCACAUUCACAGCCUCUCACACACUCUCACAUUCACAGCCUAUCACACAUGCACACACACACAUUCACAGCCUCACACGCACACACUGUCACAUUCACAGCCUCUCACACACACUCUCACAUUCACAGCCUCUCUCACGCGCACACACACACAUUCACAGCCUCUCACACGCGCACACACACUCACAUUCACAGCCUCUCACACACACAUUCACAUUCACCGCCUCUCUCACACGCACACUCUCACAUUCACAGCCUCUCUCACGCGCGCGCACACACACACACACACACACAUUCACAGCUGCUGAUUCCUUGCCUGCACACCCUCAAACUGCCUCCCUCACACCCACUAGCCCUAUGGCUUCUGCACACACAUUCUUGCACACUCGCUUUCACACUGCUGUGCAUUCACAUCCACACCCAGAUGUGUGGUGAGGGGACUGAGCCCCUGCUUGGGCAUCUGAUGAGGUGAAUUCCAGAAGUUGUCACUUGUGGCAGACAGCACAUCUUGAACAAAUUACAGCAUUGUUUGCGUGUUUAGUUUUCAGUAUUAUCAAGGGGCCGCCGUGUUAAUGUUUUCUGAGGACUCUCAACUCAUUACUUGUCAUCUCGCUUCUGAGAUCGAAUCCAGGAAAUUGAACACUUGUGGUCAACAAGUGACUGGGAGGGAUGAUUUCAGUUUUUGUUCUCUGUAAUCAUAUUGUGCAGAAGUUUGUCUUUCUGAUUUAUUUCAAUAAUGACACUAUGUUUAAAAUUAAAUGGCAUUUAAAUUAUUCUGGACAGGCGGGGUAGCAAGGAAAGUCAGAAAGUUAACGGUUCGAGGUGCUGUGAACUAGCGGGCGAGUUCUGCACCCACUUUUAUUCUUUCCCUACCACCCCCUUCACCCUGCUGGGUUCCCCUCUCCCCUUCCUCAGCCGCCUCUCCCUCUCGACAUGGUAGGUGUUUGAUUUCACACUGUGAUGCACCACGACUGACUGCAUUGGCAGUAUUUAUCAUGUCAGGAUGUUUUAAACAGGACAGGGUGAGCGAGGGGGCAGCUGCCAAGAGCAGGUGGGAAACUCUCCUGGUCCCAGAGAGGGAGGGAGCCCACAAUCCACGUGAGCACCUUCCCACUUGGUCUGUAAAAAUGUCACAGGAAAGAGGAGGUUCCGAGAGUCACCUCCCCCCACAUUAGACACGUGGGGAUUACCUUUAAAAGGAGAUUGUGUAAAAGGAUUAUUCCGCUGUUCAAGUGAAAGUACCAUUUCUGUAAACAUUGUAAAUAAACAGUGUUUAAUAAAAGAUUUUGUUUCAGAAAUCUGUAUGAUGUAAGUGAGACAUUAAACGUGUCCUGGCCAUGUGAUGCAGUGUUUUAUAGCCUUCAAGCUAUCCAUGUAAAACCCUCUGGUGAUUAUAACAUAACAGCCAGCUAGAGGGCCCUAGUUUGAAAAUAUGGUGUAUUUUCUGUUAACUGCUUUUUGUAAACUGUACUUGUAACAAUAAAACUGUGCCAAGGGCAUCUAGAACUGA